AUGAUUGAAGGUCCUGAUGAUGGAUUACCAGUAGGAGCUGUGGUUGGACCGCGACUCGGUUCCCUGGACGGAAGGGCCGAGGAUAGUGCAGUAGGUGUUGCACUGGAGAAUAUACUAGGCCCGGCACUCGGUACCAUAGUCGGCGAAAAGCUGGGAAGCCCCGAUGGAACCAGCGUGGGGUGUUGGGUAGGUGCACUGGGUGCCGCACUUGGGAUUGCGCUGGGUCUCGCACUCGGUGUUGUACUCGGUAAAGAACUAGGAAGCAUCGAAGGUGCCGCACUUGGGAUUGUGCUGGGUCGCGCACUCGGUGCUGUACUCGGUAAAGAACUAGGAAGCAUUGAAGGUGCCGCACUUGGGAUUGCGCUGGGUCUCGCACUCGGUGUUGUACUCGGUAAAGAACUAGGAAGCAUCGAAGGUGCCGCACUUGGGAUUGCGCUGGGUCUCGCACUCGGUGUUGUACUCGGUAAAGAACUAGGAAGCAUCGAAGGUGCCGCACUUGGGAUCGCGCUGGGUCUCGCACUCGGUAAAGAACUAGGAAGCAUCGAAGGUGCCGCACUUGGGAUCGCGCUGGGUCUCGCACUCGGUAAAGAACUAGGAAGCAUCGAAGGUGCCGCACUUGGGAUCGCGCUGGGUCUCGCACUCGGUGUUGUACUCGGUAAAGAACUAGGAAGCAUCGAAGGUGCCGCACUUGGGAUCGCGCUGGGUCUCGCACUCGGUGUUGUACUCGGUAUAGAACUAGGAAGUGUCGAAGGUGUUGCACUUGGGAUUGCGCUGGGUCUCGCACUCGGUGUUGUACUCGGUAGAGAGCUAGGCAGCGUCGAGGGUCCCACGCUUGGUAGUGUGCUGGGUCUAGGACUAGGAAAAGCGCUUGGAAGUAUCGACGGUGCCGAAGAGGGGUCUAUACUAGACGGCUGGUCACUCGGUUGUGUACUGGGAACCAAAGUCGGGACGGUGGCUGCCGGAGUGGUCGAGGGCUGUGCGCUGGGAAGCGCACUAGGGGUCGAUCCCGGAGCUACGGUCGUGGGCGCUGACGGCUGGGCACUCGGUUGUGUACUGGGAACCAAAGUCGGGACGGUGGCUGCCGGAGUGGUCGAGGGCUGUGCGCUGGGAAGCGCACUAGGGGUCGAUCCCGGAGCUACGGUCGUGGGCGCUGACGGCUGGGCACUCGGUUGUGUACUGGGAACCAAAGUCGGGACGGUGGCUGCCGGAGUGGUCGAGGGCUGUGCGCUGGGAAGCGCACUAGGGGUCGAUCCCGGAGCUACGGUCGUGGGCGCUGACGGCUGGGCACUCGGUUGUGUACUGGGAACCAAAGUCGGGACGGUGGCUGCCGGAGUGGUCGAGGGCUGUGCGCUGGGAAGCGCACUAGGGGUCGAUCCCGGAGCUACGGUCGUGGGCGCUGACGGCUGGGCACUCGGUUGUGUACUGGGAACCAAAGUCGGGACGGUGGCUGCCGGAGUGGUCGAGGGCUGUGCGCUGGGAAGCGCACUAGGGGUCGAUCCCGGAGCUACGGUCGUGGGCGCUGACGGCUGGGCACUCGGUUGUGUACUGGGAACCAAAGUCGGGACGGUGGCUGCCGGAGUGGUCGAGGGCUGUGCGCUGGGAAGCGCACUAGGGGUCGAUCCCGGAGCUACGGUCGUGGGCGCUGACGGCUGGGCACUCGGUUGUGUACUGGGAACCAAAGUCGGGACGGUGGCUGCCGGAGUGGUCGAGGGCUGUGCGCUGGGAAGCGCACUAGGGGUCGAUCCCGGAGCUACGGUCGUGGGCGCUGACGGCUGGGCACUCGGUUGUGUACUGGGAACCAAAGUCGGGACGGUGGCUGCCGGAGUGGUCGAGGGCUGUGCGCUGGGAAGCGCACUAGGGGUCGAUCCCGGAGCUACGGUCGUGGGCGCUGACGGCUGGGCACUCGGUUGUGUACUGGGAACCAAAGUCGGGACGGUGGCUGCCGGAGUGGUCGAGGGCUGUGCGCUGGGAAGCGCACUAGGGGUCGAUCCCGGAGCUACGGUCGUGGGCGCUGACGGCUGGGCACUCGGUUGUGUACUGGGAACCAAAGUCGGGACGGUGGCUGCCGGAGUGGUCGAGGGCUGUGCGCUGGGAAGCGCACUAGGGGUCGAUCCCGGAGCUACGGUCGUGGGCGCUGACGGCUGGGCACUCGGUUGUGUACUGGGAACCAAAGUCGGGACGGUGGCUGCCGGAGUGGUCGAGGGCUGUGCGCUGGGAAGCGUACUAGGGGUCGAUCCCGGAGCUACGGUCGUGGGCGCUGACGGCUGGGCACUCGGUUGUGUACUGGGAACCAAAGUCGGGACGGUGGCUGCCGGAGUGGUCGAGGGCUGUGCGCUGGGAAGCGCACUAGGGGUCGAUCCCGGAGCUACGGUCGUGGGCGCUGACGGCUGGGCACUCGGUUGUGUACUGGGAACCAAAGUCGGGACGGUGGCUGCCGGAGUGGUCGAGGGCUGUGCGCUGGGAAGCGCACUAGGGGUCGAUCCCGGAGCUACGGUCGUGGGCGCUGACGGCUGGGCACUCGGUUGUGUACUGGGAACCAAAGUCGGGACGGUGGCUGCCGGAGUGGUCGAGGGCUGUGCGCUGGGAAGCGCACUAGGGGUCGAUCCCGGAGCUACGGUCGUGGGCGCUGACGGCUGGGCACUCGGUUGUGUACUGGGAACCAAAGUCGGGACGGUGGCUGCCGGAGUGGUUGAGGGCUGUGCGCUGGGAAGCGCACUAGGGGUCGAUCCCGGAGCUACGGUCGUGGGCGCUGACGGCUGGGCACUCGGUUGUGUACUGGGAACCAAAGUCGGGACGGUGGCUGCCGGAGUGGUCGAGGGCUGUGCGCUGGGAAGCGCACUAGGGGUCGAUCCCGGAGCUACGGUCGUGGGCGCUGACGGCUGGGCACUCGGUUGUGUACUGGGAACCAAAGUCGGGACGGUGGCUGCCGGAGUGGUCGAGGGCUGUGCGCUGGGAAGCGUACUAGGGGUCGAUCCCGGAGCUACGGUCGUGGGCGCUGACGGCUGGGCACUCGGUUGUGUACUGGGAACCAAAGUCGGGACGGUGGCUGCCGGAGUGGUUGAGGGCUGUGCGCUGGGAAGCGCACUAGGGGUCGAUCCCGGAGCUACGGUCGUGGGCGCUGACGGCUGGGCACUCGGUUGUGUACUGGGAACCAAAGUCGGGACGGUGGCUGCCGGAGUGGUCGAGGGCUGUGCGCUGGGAAGCGCACUAGGGGUCGAUCCCGGAGCUACGGUCGUGGGCGCUGACGGCUGGGCACUCGGUUGUGUACUGGGAACCAAAGUCGGGACGGUGGCUGCCGGAGUGGUCGAGGGCUGUGCGCUGGGAAGCGUACUAGGGGUCGAUCCCGGAGCUACGGUCGUGGGCGCUGACGGCUGGGCACUCGGUUGUGUACUGGGAACCAAAGUCGGGACGGUGGCUGCCGGAGUGGUCGAGGGCUGUGCGCUGGGAAGCGCACUAGGGGUCGAUCCCGGAGCUACGGUCGUGGGCGCUGACGGCUGGGCACUCGGUUGUGUACUGGGAACCAAAGUCGGGACGGUGGCUGCCGGAGUGGUUGAGGGCUGUGCGCUGGGAAGCGCACUAGGGGUCGAUCCCGGAGCUACGGUCGUGGGCGCUGACGGCUGGGCACUCGGUUGUGUACUGGGAACCAAAGUCGGGACGGUGGCUGCCGGAGUGGUCGAGGGCUGUGCGCUGGGAAGCGCACUAGGGGUCGAUCCCGGAGCUACGGUCGUGGGCGCUGACGGCUGGGCACUCGGUUGUGUACUGGGAACCAAAGUCGGGACGGUGGCUGCCGGAGUGGUCGAGGGCUGUGCGCUGGGAAGCGUACUAGGGGUCGAUCCCGGAGCUACGGUCGUGGGCGCUGACGGCUGGGCACUCGGUUGUGUACUGGGAACCAAAGUCGGGACGGUGGCUGCCGGAGUGGUCGAGGGCUGUGCGCUGGGAAGCGCACUAGGGGUCGAUCCCGGAGCUACGGUCGUGGGCGCUGACGGCUGGGCACUCGGUUGUGUACUGGGAACCAAAGUCGGGACGGUGGCUGCCGGAGUGGUCGAGGGCUGUGCGCUGGGAAGCGCACUAGGGGUCGAUCCCGGAGCUACGGUCGUGGGCGCUGACGGCUGGGCACUCGGUUGUGUACUGGGAACCAAAGUCGGGACGGUGGCUGCCGGAGUGGUCGAGGGCUGUGCGCUGGGAAGCGCACUAGGGGUCGAUCCCGGAGCUACGGUCGUGGGCGCUGACGGCUGGGCACUCGGUUGUGUACUGGGAACCAAAGUCGGGACGGUGGCUGCCGGAGUGGUCGAGGGCUGUGCGCUGGGAAGCGCACUAGGGGUCGAUCCCGGAGCAAACGAUGGAGGAAGACUUGGUGUGUCACUGGGUCCUGCACUCGGUCUAUUCGUCGGGACCGGGGAUGGCUCUUCCCUUGGUGUGUUGCUCGGUCUUUCACUGGGACGCUUGCUUGGUACUAGACUUGGGAUAGUAGAGGGAGCUUUUGUUGGCUGUGUACUAGGUUUCUCGCUAGGAGCUGUACUAGGCUUCUCGCUCGGGACGACGCUGGGUGUAUUCGAUGGAGUGGGCGAGGGCUGCGAACUAGGUCUUUUACUGGGGAACCCAGUAGGUACCGAGGUCGGAUCACCGGACGGUGCAGACGAUGGCCUGUCGCUUGGAUUUCGGCUUGGGAGUACACUCGGUAUACUCGAUGGAGCAGCGGAUGGUUGCUGA